AGGAGCGGAGGGACUGAACAGCUGACCGCUUCGCGUAAAACGUGAACCCCGGUGAUGGAAAAAUUGGAGGUUUUUUUAUUCACAUACAUGGUCUCUCACUACCUCUGGAACAUCUUAUUCAUUACGUGGCUUUUCACCGGCGGGACGCCCACUGAGAUCUCCAACUAUGGAUUGUCUUAUUGAAGUUGGGCCACCUGAUCCUGUUUGCGCGAGGAAAAACGACCACAAUUAGAGAAAGAAGUCGUUAUGGACUGUUGUGCAAUCCGUGCAUUUCCUGCUCAGAGAGCUUUUGGUGUCAAAAGCAGAAUUUCCUCAGGAUACCACAUCUGUGUGCGCGUAAAGGACAUGGAGACAACGGUUCGAUUCAACGCUGCCUGAAACCUUCUGCGCUAUGUUUUAGUCAUUAUGUAUUAGUCUGUAGUUAGAAUAGAGGCUGUGCUUUUAGAGCUGUUUGCUUUCUGCUGGCUUUGAUGUGAGAGUUGAGGACAGCUUUUAUUGCGCGCAUACCAAUUGAGCGCUGCAGUUUAGCCGCUCCGUUACCACAGGAUAUCCACUGCAUCAGGACCCGCAAUCUUCUCAACAGGCCCCUCUUACCACAGGGAAAGGGUGUUACUGAGAAUACUGUGUCAAGUCCUGCAAUUUGAACUUUAAACACAGCCAAGAAAGUUGUUUUUAAAGCUGCAUCCAAGUGCACCUGCUUGGCAGAACUAAACCAUGGCUUUACCAGAUAGUGGCAUCUCUGGGGAGGAGGUACCCUUCCCAGAGAUUAUAGAGCUCAAUGUUGGUGGCCAGGUGUACAUAACUCGCUUCUCUACCCUCACAAGUGUGCCAGACUCCCUGCUAUGGGAGAUGUUCAGUCGAAAGUCAGCCAAAGGACUGGCCAGGGACACCAAGGGGCGCUUCUUUGUGGACCGUGAUGGUUUCCUGUUUCGUUACAUCCUGGACUACAUGCGGGACCAGCAGCUGGUUCUUCCUGACCACUUCCCUGAGCGCGGGCGACUGCAGAGGGAGGCUGAGUUCUUCAACCUUCCUGAGCUUGUCAAGAUGCUGGCACCCAAAAUCAGUAAGCAGAACUCCCUGGGUGAUGAGGGAUGUCAGAGUGACCCAGAGGACUCCUCACCUGGGAUUGACACAGCCCGCCACCUUGGCUCUCUGGGUGCUGCUGCUGCCGCUUGUGCAAGUCUUGUGCCUGGUACAAUGGAUGGAAAACGGUCCGGGUUCAUCACAAUCGGCUAUCGAGGUUCAUACACCCUGGGCCGUGACAGCCACACUGACGCCAAAUUCCGCCGGGUGGCACGGAUCAUGGUGUGUGGAAAGACCUCCCUGGCCAAAGAGGUGUUUGGGGAGACGCUGAACGAGAGCCGCGACCCUGACCGCCCCCCUGAGCGCUACACAUCCCGCUACUAUCUCAAGUUCACCUUUCUGGAGCAGGCGUUUGACAAGCUGGCCGACGCAGGCUUCCACAUGGUGGCCUGCAAUUCCACAGGAACCUGCGCCUUUGCCCAUGAGCAGACGGACGACAAGAUCUGGACCAGCUACACUGAAUAUGUGUUCUACCGUGAGUGAGACUAUAGGCUUUCUUCCCCCGGUCCCCCACCCUGUCUCCAAGUGCCCCUCUUCCAGCCUCCAGCCAUCCUGUCCUUCUCUCUCUGACGGCUCCUGCACCAGUAGAUGUACCGUAGAUGUUGUGCCCUUCCAUCUCUCUCUGCAGCCUCCAGCAUUUAUCCUGUGAACAGUACCCAGCAGCUGCUCUUCAUACCUUUUCUGCAGGUUGAAUCUACAGCCCUCCCCUCUCAACCCCAGAUCCAUCCCCCUCAUCCUCAGGUCCAGCUUUUGCCCUUGCUUAAGCCGCCAUUCCAUGUAGUUGUAGUCCCCAAUCCUUGACCAGAGCAACCCCACCGCCUUUCCUGCAGAGACUGAUAACCUUCUAUGUACUAUUUCCUUUUUGUACUCUAUAUAUAUAUUGCAUCUGCCUUGGUGAAGCACAAUACUAUAUCCAAGAGCUAAUUUUGUUAAAUGAGAGCCCCCAGUGUGUCUGUAUGACUAUUGAAGUCAUAACAAGGGCAUAAAAGAAAGGGCUUCAAAGCGUGGCCGUGAUGUACAGUGCUAUACUUUGGCUGCUUACUCGAGCAGAUCAGACUCUGUCCUGCUCCUCUGAACUAAAUUACCAAAUAAUUGGACAUCUUAUCAGCCUAUAGAGGGACAUGAGCAACCCAAGCACAAGAAAGAAGUGCAACACAAAAUCUAAUUUCUUUCAGUUUUUAUCAAAUGUGUCUAGUAACAUGUGGUUGGGAAUGUGCCAUAGGUCAUCCGUUCAAUUGUUGUUAUGAAUGAAUGGGGGUUUAGGUAAAGCCUCUGUUUAGAAUAAUACAGUCACAUCGAAG